AUGGAUCGAGUCUGUACGACUCCUUUCUGGAUUAAAAAUGUGACACAUUCGCCAUAUCCUUAUUUAACAGAAUGUUUUCGUGAUACGGCUUUACAAUGGUUUCCAUUGGCAGUGUUUUGGUUAGUUUUACCGUUAUGGAUUUGGAUGUUACAUAAAAGAAAAAUUCAUCCACAACCAUUGCCUGUUUCGGCUUUGUUAAUUGCUAAAGUGGUUACUGCUUUUUUAUUUCUUCUGGUCCAAGUUUAUCGCAUUGUUAUUUAUGCAUUAUCAACAGAUGAAAGAAGAAGUUUAGCAAAUUUAAUAAGUCCAAUGUUAUUUAUAAUAACAUUAUUUACAAUUCUCUGGUUAAUGAAUUAUGAUCGUUGUAAAGGUAUGUUUUCUUCGGGAAUAAUUUUUGGCUUUUGGUUAUGUGUAUGUUUGGCUAUAAUACCUGAUGUAAUUGAUUAUUCGAUUGAAUAUAAACCAGGAGAUGAAUCAAGUCGUAUGUUACAAGAACUUAUUCGUGUUUGGCUUCAUUUUGCUUUUGCAUUAAUUUCAUUUAUCAUGAAUUGCUUAGCAGAAAGAUAUGAAUUUCCUAAAUUAUCAGCUAAUGAACGACCCAUUGUAUCUGAACUAUAUCAAAGCUUUCCGUCUCGUGUAUAUUAUUCAUGGGUAACACCACUUAUUAUUCGAGGUUAUAAAAAACCAUUAACAGAAGAAGAUUGUUGGCAAUUACAAAUUCCAGAACGAGCUGUUAAUGUUGUUCAUCGAGUACAAGCUUGUUUAAACGGAACAAUUAGUCAAGCAAAAUCAAUUGCAUACGAUAAGAGUAGACCUUUUAAUAAAAAUUAUGUUCCAAAAAAGCAUAUUGGAGAUGAAAAUCAAGAUUUAUUAAAUAAAUUACCAUCAGUUGAAAUUAAAACAACAGCAACAAAACAAAGAAAAUUAAUUAUAUUUUGGCGUGCUCUUUUCCAUGCAUAUAAAGGCAAAAUAAUUGCAGGUGGUUUAAUGAAAGUUGUUCAUGAUAUAUUACAAUUCAGUGGACCAAUGAUACUCAAACAAAUUCUUACUUUUCUAUCUGAUUCAACAGCUCCAUUGUGGUUAGGCAUAUUUUUUGCUGUUCUACUUGGUGCAUGUACAUUUUGUCAAACAUUAUUUUUACAAUCUUAUUUUCAUCGACAAUUUACUGUCGGUCUUCGAUUUCGUUCAGCUAUAACUGGACUUGUAUAUCGAAAAAGUUUAAAAUUAUCAAAUUCAGCUAAACAAGCUACAACAACUGGAGAAAUUGUUAAUAUAAUGUCAAUUGAUGCAUCACGUUUUGGUGACAUUACAUCUUAUAUUCAUGUCCUAUGGUCUGGACCUUUUCAAAUUUGUCUUGCACUUGGAUUACUUUAUCGACAAAUGCAAUUAGCAAUCAUUCCUGGUGUUAUUAUAUUGCUUCUUAUGAUACCAGUCAAUAUAGUUGUACAAAGAAUUCAAAAACAACUUACAACACAACAAAUGAAAUUAAAAGAUCAACGAAUAAAAAUGACGAAUGAAGUUCUUAAUGGAAUAAAAGUAUUGAAAUUAUAUGCUUGGGAAGAAGCUUUUAUUCGUCGAUUAAAUGAUAUACGAGAUCAAGAACUAAAGUGUAUACGUAGAAAAGCUAUUAUAAGUUCUUUUUCAAGUGCUAUAUGGACAUUUGCACCAAUUCUAGUAUGCAUUGUAACAUUUGCUACAUAUGUUUUAUCAUCAGAUGAAAAUAUCUUAACAGCUCAAAAAGCUUUUGUUUCAUUGGCAUUAUUUAAUUUACUUCGAUUUCCACUUGUUGUAUUUCCAAGUAUUAUUACUAGUAUAAUUGAUGCUAAUGUAUCAAACAAACGAAUACAGAAAUUUUUAAAUAGUGAUGAAAUUGAUGAAGAUGCUGUAAAUAAAACAAAAUUGGAUUCCGAAGGAAAUAUAAUUAAAGUUGAAGAUGGUUCAUUUUCAUGGUCAAAUUCAUCGGAAGAUCCAUUAAUAUUAAAAAAUAUUAAUUUUAAAAUUCCAGAGGGUUCACUUGUUGCUCUUGUUGGACCAGUUGGUUCAGGUAAAACUAGUAUAUUAGCAGCUUUACUUGGUGAAAUGAAUAAAAUUGAUGGACAAGUUAAUGUAAGUGGAACUAUUGCUUACGUUGCUCAAACAGCUUGGAUUUUAAAUGCAACACUUAAAGAAAAUAUUUUAUUUGGAAGAGAAUUUAAUGAAGAAUUGUAUGAAAAAGUUAUUGAAGCAUGUGCAUUAAAACCUGAUUUUGAUAUUUUACCACAAGGAGAUGCAACGGAAAUUGGAGAAAAGGGUAUUAAUCUAUCUGGUGGACAAAGACAACGAGUUUCUCUAGCUCGAGCUUUAUAUAGUGAAGCAGAUAUUUAUUUAUUUGAUGAUCCAUUGUCGGCAGUUGAUGCACACGUUGGUGCUCAUAUAUUUAGACAUGCUAUUGGACCGAAAAGUUUAAUCAAAGACAAAACUCGUCUUUUAGUUACACAUGGUGUAUCACAUUUACAUAAAUGUAGUGAAAUAAUUGUUGUUGCACGUGGUGAAAUUGUUGAUUAUGGAUCGUAUAAUGAUUUAAUGACUACAAGUAAAAUUUUACGUGAACUAGUUUACUCAAUUACUACACAAGAAACGGAACGAAAAUCAAGUGAUCCAGAACCGAGAAGUCCAGACACACCUCUAGUAGAUGUUAGUCUUGCAGAUGUUUUAAAAGUAGCUGAAGAUGAUAUUCAACAUGAAACAACGAAACCAGCAACAACAGAAAUAACUCCAAGUGAAUUAAAAGAAAAGAAAGAUAAACUUAUUCAAAAAGAAGCAGUUGAAACUGGUUCUGUUAAAUUAAAUGUAUUUCUUAUUUAUAUACGUGCAUGUACAAUAUCAAUGAUUAUAAUCGUAUGUGUUUUAUUUUCUUUAACAACACUCGCAUCAUUAAGUACAAAUAUAUGGUUAUCAAGAUGGACAGAUCAAUCUAAAAAAGAAGCUAAUCAUACAUCACCAUCCAUGAGUAAAAUUCAUGGCAUAACUAUAUAUUCAUUAUUAGGUCUUAGUCAAGGAUUCAUCGCAUUCUUUAUGCAAUUGUUCAUCUUUUUUGCUGCUUAUGCUGCUAGUAAAACAUUACAUUCAUCUAUAUUACUCGGUGUAUUACGCGCACCUAUGGCGUUUUUUGAUACAACACCUAUAGGACGAAUCAUAAAUCGCUUUGCUAAAGAUGUUGAUUCUGUUGAUUCAGCACUACCAUCUUCAUUCUCAUCAUCAUUUGGAACAUUAACAAGUGUAUUAAUCACGAUAAUUAUACUUAUAUACGGCUCAUGGUUUGCAAUAUUUGCCUUAAUACCGCUUGCUAUUGUUUUUGCUUUUAUUCAGCGUGUUUAUGUGGCAUCUUCACGACAACUACGACGUCUUGAUUCAACAACACGUAGUCCUGUAUAUUCAAAUUUUGGUGAAACAGUUCAAGGACUUACUUCAAUCCGAGCUUAUAAUGCUCAACAACGUUUUAUUGAUUUAUCAGAUGGAUUAUUGGAUAGAAAUCAAGCAUGUUAUUUUGCUAGUUGUGUUUCUAAUAGAUGGCUUGCUGUACGUCUUGAAACUAUUGCAAAUCUAUUAACAUUAGUUACAUCUCUAUUUGCUGUUCUUAUGCGUGAUCGUCUUACAGCAGGUAUUGCUGGUUUAACAAUAACUUAUGCCAUGCAAAUAACUCAAUCACUUAAUUGGCUUGUUCGCAUGACAAGUGAUAUUGAAACAAAUAUUGUUAGUGUUGAACGUAUUGAUGAAUAUGCUAAAUUACAAUCAGAAGCUCCAUGGGAAAUACCUGAAAAAAAACCACCAACAGGUUGGCCGACAACUGGAGAAAUUCAACUUAAGAAUUUAUCUACACGAUAUCGAGAAAAUUUAGAAUUAGUACUUAAAGAUCUUACAGUUAAUAUUCAACCAGGAGAAAAAAUUGGUAUUAUUGGUCGUACUGGUAGUGGAAAAAGUAGUUUAUGUAUUGCAUUAUUUCGUAUUAUUGAACCAGCUAAUGGUGAAAUCAUUAUCGAUAAUAUUGAUAUUCGUCAACUUGGUUUACAUGAUGUUCGAUCAAAAAUUACCAUCAUUCCACAAGAUGCAGUUAUUUUUGCUGGAACAGUCAGAUUCAAUGUUGAUCCAUUUGGUCAUUAUAGUGAUAUUGAAAUUUGGUCAGCAUUAGAAUUAGUACAUAUGAAAGAACGUAUUACUGCUAUGGCAGGUGGUCUCUCAGAUUUAUUAACUGAGGGUGGAGAAAAUUUAAGUGCUGGUGAAAGACAAUUAUUAUGUAUGGCACGAGCUAUAUUAAGAAAGAGUAAAAUUUUUGUACUUGAUGAAGCUACAGCUGCUAUUGAUAUGGAAACAGAUCGAUUAAUUCAAAUGACAAUUCGAUCAGCAUUCAAAGAUGCAACUGUUUUAACAAUUGCACAUCGUCUUCAUACAAUUUUAGAUAGUACAAGAAUACUUGUUUUAUCCAAUGGUCGUUUACAAGAAUUUGAUGAACCACAACGUUUAGCAUCUAAUCCAAAAUCUGCAUUUGCUAAAUUGUUACGUGAUGCGAAUAUUCAAUUACCUACAACGACAACGACAACUGCAAGCUCAAGCUAA